UGUCCAGGGACAUGAAACUCAAUCCACAGCAGGCUCCUUUGUAUCAGGGUCGAUGUGUUGUCACGGUGCAGCUUUCCGAUGAAGAGCUGGCUGCAGAUGAUAAAGGCCUGGACUACUUUCUGCUCUUUGCCGGCAGCACACAGAGACAUCUAACCAGCACCCUAAGGAGCAGCCAUGACACCUUGCAGGCAUUGUGUCCCGCUCAUGACUGCUGUGAGGUGGUGUUGGUCACCUUGUGUUCAGCCACCCAGACUACCUCUGGGGACUCGGAGGACACGCCGUCCUGCCUGGGUUGCGUGGCUCUAGUGGCCGAGCAGCGGUUCAGCUUUGUCCAGGAUUUGGCUUUUGACAUGGCCCAGUUCUUGGUGAGCACAGCGGGCCGGGCCGAUGGCCUGGACGGGGCCCUGAUCCUGGAUGAGUGUCAGAUUCCCCUGCAAGAGUGUGAGCGCUUGGAUGAGAGCCUCGCGCUGGCCCUCCACCACCUCACGUUGCCUUCGGGAUGGAGCCUACUGGGAAGCAAUCCGGCCAACAGCCCCGGCCUGAGCCCUCAGGAGACUCUACUGCAUUUCUCAGCGCGCCGCGGCCUCUCUCGGGUGACACGCUUUCUGCUGCGGCAACCCGGAGCCAGGGAAGCUCUUCAGUUGGUCAACAGAGAAGGCCACACCCCAGCUGCUAUAGCGGCACUGCGAGGACACAAACAUCUCCUUGAGCUCCUCGAAAAGACAGAGACCGAUGCAGGGACGGACGAGGCGUCUGAAGCUCUCCAGCUGGUGUCUGCGGACUGUCGAGUGUGCUGCAACUCCCCCACGUUGAACACACACACGCUGACGGUGAGCCUCCGUCCCGGCCGCAGCGCUCCAACCUUGCAGGAGAGCGUGGAGUAUCUUCUUCACCUGUCAGGCCACCUCCACGCCAAGGGACUCUCUGUAUUGGAGCUAACGUUGGACUCUCUUCACACCGCCGCUGAAUGUCGUGACGGCGAGAAAGCAGACUCAACCUGUCAGGAGCAAGUCCAGCAGCCCGCUUCAACGUCAGCGUCAGCGUGCCUGCUCGCAGAAACUGAAGGGAGCCAGGGAGAAAGCAUCAAAGAGGAGGGCGGCUACUUUGUUUGUGAACUUGGCGAGGCUUGUGACUUGGAGAAAGACGAAAGUUUGCCUCCAGAGUCAGAAGUCCCUCCCCAGCAGCACGGCCUCGACCCCCAGGAGGACGGGGCGGGUCCCGAUUCGAAAUCUGAGGGCGAGGGCUGCCAAACGGACCAGGAGGGGAGGGUUGUUUCCAGUCCCAGUUUGAGUUUGUGUGACAGGAGUGAAAGGGCGCAGGGUGAGGCUGAAGGGGAAAACGUCACUGUGGGAAAUGUCCCAGCAGAAGGCUGCCGUAAACAGGGAGAGGAAGCUGACACAGAGGACGCUGUGAUCCGGGAAGAACCGCGGGCCGAGGAGGGAGAGGAGCAGCCUGAGCAGGAAGCAGGAGACGGCGCAGCCACGAGGAGGAAGAAGGAGGAGGAGGAGGAGGAGAGCACAUCAGAGCUGACGGUCCCAACAACAGCCAGCGGAGACACGAACUCCUCCGUCAUGGGCCAGUCUGCGUUGUCGGGGAGCUCUGAGCAUUUAAACACCUGCGAGUCAGAAACCCAGCUGAGAUCUCAGGAAGGACAGGGAGAACACCCAGAACCUACGCGGGACCUCUUUGACGGGCCAGAUCCAGAUAAGGAGGAGGUUGGGAGGGAAGAGUUAACAGAGCCCGUAUCAACCCCAGGAGACCUUCCCAGCCCUGCGCUGAUAGUCUGCGGUGAUGUAAUCGAGCAGCAUGAGUCUGCUGUUCCAUGUCUCGUGAUAGAAGGCCUCCAUGAGGGGGAACCUCCGCCAGACAUAAACAGCCCAGAACAAAACCAGGAAACAGCUGGUGGGGAUUAUGUAGCCGAGCAGGAGCGGGGCUCAGCUCCAGAAGCUGCUCGUCAUGCUGGGAAUGGUGCUGGAGCCGCCAGCGACGAGGAGCCAGACGGCAAAGACGCAGCAGAACCCAGAGGCGUCGGUUCGGAAGAACCUGAGAAUGUGGAUUUUGGGGUCGUCACCUGCUCCAAAGAGGAAACCCAGAUUGACCGCUUAGACUGUGAGGCGUCACUAGGAGACAUGCUCACUAAAAGGAAGGCUGAGCAGGAUUCAGGCGUGGUACGCCUCAUCUCCAGCGAUGACGAAGGCAGUUUUAGAUCAUUUGGAAGCUCUACAACGGAAAUCUUUCACCCCGCUCGGGACAACGGCUCCAUGGAGGAGGGAGAGUUACUUCAAACCAUGACCACAGAAACGUCCUCUACCGGACCUGUGGAGGACCCAAGUGAUCUGAAAGCCGGUGUAAGCCAUGAACGUUCGUUAGGUGAAGACGCUGAGCUCCCUGUGGACCCUAACACUGCCACUUCCCUCCCUCCCCCAGAGGGCAGCGGAGAUGGCACGGAGCCUGAACCCCAGCGGUUACUCAUCCUCCAGACAAUGGAGGGUGGGAUUCCCGAGGGCAGCCAGGAACUGCUUCCAGAACCUCCUGAACAGGAGUCGGCGUUGGAUCCAAUUCUUUCAUUUGGGGAGGACGCUCCAACAAUGGAAGAGGGUGAAGGAGACAUCAGGGAGUCCUGCAGCUCUGAUGUGAAUGCUGAGCCUGAGCCUGGUGCCACCAUCCAGCCUGAAUCAGGUCAGUCCGCUGGAGAGGAGAACAGAGUCAAUGAUCCUGUUGAAGAUGAUCACCAGACGGACGCCGAUGAUGGAUUAGAGGCAGUAGCAGAAAGUGGGAAUGUGCGUACAGAACCUGAGCAGGACGACUCAAAGAAGACUGUGGACAAUGUCUCAGCUGAGAAUCAGCUCGCCGCCUCGUCAUCACAGGACGCCGGUCCACCGUCGCACACCCUGGAUGUCAGCGCCUCGGACCUGGAACCCCCUGCUGCUGUCGCUGAGGCAUCUCUGGGCCCGGGCACCGAGGAGCAGACGGCUGACAGCCCAAAUGCCGGAGACGCUGUGGACGGAGCGCUGGGGAGCGGCGCUGCUGCAGACCGAGAGGUGGACGCCGUCAGAUCUGAAGACGCUGUAGGGAACGCGGCGGAGGAAGAAAAUGGCCCAGCAGAGGGACCGGACUCCUCUACGAUCCACCGAGACAGAGAGGCGUCGUUCCAUCAGACUUGUAACCCUCAGCACUCAGAUUCCUCCUCGUCUUCAGCAUUUCCUGGUUUGCCCAGCAGAACCAGCAGCUCCACCAGCUGUCCCUCAUCCACUCACAGAGAUUCUGGCAGUGACAUUGAAAGCCUCCUGAAUGCAGAGCCAGGAUAUGACAGCAUCUUUAGCAAGAGCGAUGAACCGGUGACGGGAGGAGACAGCACCAGCGAGGUCUCCGUCUCCUGCUCCUCCACAGACGACACGGCCAGCGUCGGCCCGUCCAGCUCCAGUCCUGAAGGCAGCCAGGGCCUGAGCUGCAGCUGGAGCCCAGAGGAGGGCAUCCAUCCUGAGGCUGCUAACACAGAGGGCCAGGAUACUGCUGCCGGGGUAGAAGGAGGAGGAGGAGGAGGAGCGGACGCUGACGAGGAAGCAAAAGACAGAGUGACGGAGGUGCCGCGGCGUUCCUGCCUCCUCCGGAGCAGCCAGCGCUCUCUGUCGCCCCUUCGCCGCCACAGCUGGGGUCCAGGAAAGAACAACGGAGGAGAAUCAGAGAUGAACCAGAGGAGUUCCAUCCGUAGCCCUGGUGAGGGGAAGCUGGCCUUUCACAGGAGAAGCUACAGCUUGGAAGGGCUCAGCGGGAUCCAGGAAGAGCUGAGGGGCUCCGCCAUCCAGGAGCCCCGCGUCCUGGCCCAAUCGAGGAUGCCCCGGUACAACAGUGACGACAGGGGCUCCCUGGUGUCCCUGACGGAGGAGCAGGAGGAGCGGGAGGAGGACACCAGACUGCACGAACAGAAAUUACGGCGGUAUCGGCCGCUGAGAAACAGCUGCUCCUCCAUGACCCUUCCCCUCACCAAGUCUGUGUCCAUGGUCACCAUCAACCAUAAAGACAGCGAUGCGGUGGGACGCCUGAGACGUAAGAGGCGCAUUUCCUUCUCUUUCAACCUUUCCCCCAUCCUCACCAAAUCUAAGUCUCAGUUCGUUUACGGGGACUAUUCGUCAAGCGAUGAUGACGACGACUCGAGCACAAGGUUGUUUUCCAGCACCUCUGGGUCCGUAGCAUACAGUAUAUCUGAGGAGGAGCCGGGGCCACUGCGCAGCGACUCAGAGGGAAGAAACUCAACGAAAGUCAGCCGGACCUUCAGCUACCUCAAGAGCAAGAUGUACAAAAAGACACGGGAAAAAGAUCGAGACAAAAAGGACAAGGACAAAGAAAUCAAGGAGAAGGACAAAAAGACUGUGAAUGGACAUCUCUUUACAUCUUCCAGCUCGAACCAGUCCAUCCAGUGCUCCCAGUGCAAUAAAGCUUUUAACGGCAAAGAGGCGUUCUGUUGCACAUACUGUAAUGCAUCCGUCCACAAGGGCUGCAGGGACAGCUUGCCUGUUUGUGCCAACGUGAAGAUGAAGUUCCCCAAACAACCGUUUACAGUGCCAGAUUCUGGCUCUCCGCGCUCUGUUCCUGCCGUCACAAUGAGGAACAAAGCUGGUGGGACGAGGGAUCGUCCUCGGUCGGCCAUCUUGAGCCCCGAAGACAACGUUCCUCUAAUGAUCCCAGCAUCACGGAGACACACCAGCAUCAUGGCAUUCCCUGGAAACAAUCUGUCAAAGAGUCUCUCAAUAAGCAACAUCGCAGGCCCAUUUGAAGAGAUUCCCAUUAAAGGCCUGCGGUACCUUUCUCAGUCCACUGACUCGCUCAACAGAACCAACCAGGUCACAGAAUCCAUGGAGUCUCUCACUGAUGAAGGAACAGAGAUGAUGGACGCGCAGCUGCUGGGGGAGUUUGAGAACCAUGCCAAAGAGUUGGAAGCCGACUCCUGGAGUCUGUGUGUGGAGCAGCAGUACCUGCAGCAGCAAAACAAGGAGGUGGUCAAGAGACAAGAUGUCAUCUACGAGCUGAUGCAGACGGAGAUGCAUCACAUCCGGACGUUGCGCAUCAUGUCUGAGGUGUACAGCAAAGGCCUGCUGAAAGAGGUUCCACUGGACCAACACACGGUCGAGAAGAUGUUUCCGGCGCUAGACGAUCUCCUGGACCUACACUCGCAGCUCCUCCAACGGCUCUUCGACCGAAAGAAGGAGAGCCAGCUGGAGGCGGGAGUGGCGGAGGGAGGCUUCGUCAUCAACAGGAUAGGAGACAUUCUGGUCACCCAGUUCUCGGGAUCCAUUGGUGAAAGUAUGAAGAGGGUUUAUGGGAAAUUCUGCAGCCGCCACAAUGAAGCCGUCAACUUCUACAAGGACCUCAUGAACAAAAACAAAAACUUUAAAACGUUUAUGAAAAAAAAGAGAAGUAGCAGCACUGUGCGGAGGCUUGAUAUCCCAGAAUGCAUCCUGCUGGUGACCCAGCGGAUUACUAAGUACCCUGUGCUGAUUCAGAGAUUGCUGUUGCACACGCGAGACACAGACGAAGACUACGAGGACCUGAAUGAGGCCAUUCGGCUGGUGAAAGACGUGAUCGCGGCAGUCGACAGCAAGGUGAACGAGCAUGAAAAGAAGGGACGCCUGAAGGAUUUCCACAGCCGCAUGGACAGCAAGUCCAUCAUGAUGUUGAAGAGCGGCCAGAUUUUUGCCAGAGAGGACCUGCUGAGGCGGAGGCUGAUCCACGAUGGAGCGCUGCAGUUGAAGAACACACAGGGAAGACUUAAGGAUGUUCAAGCUCUGCUGCUGUCAGAUGUCUUGGUCUUCCUUCAGGAGAAGGACCAGAAAUAUGUCUUUGCCAUGCUGGACCAGCGCUCCACGGUCAUCUCCCUCCAGAAGCUGAUUGUCAGGGAGGUCGCCAACAAAGAGCGCGGCCUCUUCCUCAUCACGGCGGGCACUGAGAAGCCGGAGAUGAUGGAGGUCCUGGCCAGCUCGAAGGAGGAACGCAACACAUGGAUGCAGCUCAUCCAGACAGCCAUGCAGUCCAUGGAGAAAGACGAGGACGAGGGGAUCCCCAGUGAGACGGAGGACGACAAAAGACAAUUAGAGAGCAAAGCCAAAGAGAUCAGAGAUAUGUUGAAGCAGAAAGAUACGGAGAUUAAGUCUCUGCUGGAGGAGAAGGUGCGGCUCUUCAGGGAGAUGUGGGAGGGUUUGAGCCCCGGUGAAGAGGCCUGCAGGCAGGUGGAGCCUUUCUUCAGGUCAGCCUGCAGCCAGGAGCCGCCUCAGGGGGCGACUAUCAUGAAAGAUGCCCUGCAGGAAGUGGAGACGUUGCAGGCACUGGUGAACGGCAGCCUGGGGGGAGCGAUGGCCAGCGUGCACGAGGGAGGAGGCGCCGGGCCGGUGUGUCUGCCCCGCCGGGCCGAGACCUUUGGAGGUUUCGAUAGUCACCAGAUGCACAGCGGCAAAAGUGGAGAAAGAGACGAGAGCGAGGAUGCAGCGGGAGACCUGCGCAGGACGGAGUCUGACAGCGUUUUGAAGAAGGGAGGAAACGCCAACCUGCUGCAGCUGCUGAAGAGGAACAGUGAGCAGGUCCUCCACAGUGUCUCCAACCUGCAUCUCCUGCUCAGCACUCUGCAGGCGGUGGUGGUCCAGCAGGACAGCUACAUCGAGGACCAGCGGCAGGCCCUCAGCGAGCGCUCCUCCUCGUGCACGUCGCUGUCGCGGCAGUCGUCCCGGCCCAGCUCGCUGAUUGAGCAGGAGAAGCAGCGCAGCCUGGAGAAGCAGCGGCAGGAGCUGGCCUCCCUGCAGAGACAACAGGCAGCUCUCGCCGAGGAGAGGCGGAAGAGGGAGAAGGAGUGGGAGCUGAGGGAGCAGCGGCUCUCCGAGAGAGAGUCGGCGGUGCACUUACAGGAGGAGGAGGUGCAAAAACAGCACAAGCAUCUAGAGGAGGAGAGGUUGGAUCUGCAGAGCAAGAAGGAAGAGUACCAACGAGACCUGGAGAGGCUGAGAGACGCCCAGAGGAAGCUGGAGAAGGAGAGGGAGGCUGUUCAGAGGCAGAUCCACAGGAUGGAGGAGUUGCGCCCGUCUGAGAGGACGCCCUCCACAACGUCCGACGAGUCCCUCCUCCUCCUCGGCAGCUCCCAGUCCCUGGAGCUGGACCCACUGGAACUCUCCCCUUCCUCGUCCUCCUCCACGCUGCCCAGGCUGCCGCCCCAACGCUCCAAGACCAGCAGGAAGGGCCUGAAUCCCUUCACCUCAUCCUCCGGCAGCCUCAAGGGCAGCGAGGCCAACAGCCAGAUCUCCAAGGGCUUCCUGCAGCUGACCAAGACCAAAAGUAAAGACGGGAAGAAAAAGAAAAAGAGCAAAGGCGGUAGCGCGCAGGCAACAGAGCCCCAGCACGUUCCAGAGCCCCCCAUGGAUGGAGAGAUCUUCUUCUGCUAAGACACCGCUCCGUCGCCUCGUCCGGCCUCUCCCUCUUCAUCACGGCAAUGGAUCUGCCGCAUCACUCUGGCACCCGGAGAGGACUGUGUUCCCGCACAUUUUACAGGAUAGCUCGUAGCACAGGCUGGUGGAAUUAUCUUUUAUUGGAUUUUCUCUAGAGAUGCACCAAUAAGCCUUUUCCAGGCUGGUACCGCUUCUCGUUUUUGGACCGAUUCCCAUAUUAUUUUUGGAGUAGAAGACAUGAAAGAAAUAAAAUAUGCUGCAGGUUCUGUGGUGGAGGUAGUAGUUUUGAAUCCCGUAGAAAAUAAGGAAAUGACAAGAUUAUUCGCCUUUAUUCAUCAAAGCAGAUGUCCCAAACGUUUAGCAGGUUUUUUUAUUUAAACUUCACCAAACUGCAUCCUGUUGGGAGAUGCACUUAUAGUCCGAACAUAAUGGGAUCACUUAGUUUUCAUGGAGUUAAUGUGCAGUAAAAAAUGACCGGAUGAUUACUGAUCAGACCUAGUGGAGGGAAAAAUCGGACGAUUCCAAUAUGUGGCUGACCGAUCAGUGCGUCUCUGAUUUUAAUUUUACAUGUGAAGACACGGGGGACAACUGAACAUAACAUGCAGCAAAAGCGUUUUUUAAAGUGAAAACCACUGCUUUCAUUCAGUGGAGCGAUGAUUUUAGCAGCUCUGUAAUGUUGAAGUGUGAGCUUUCUCUUUCCAGCAAACAUCUAGAAUCUGUCCAUUUGCAGAGUUUAGGCGGCUCACUGGGAGCAUUUCACGGCGCCCCGGCUGAACUAAGAACGCCGGAAGCUUCUCUGUCUCUUGUCAGCGCCUCUGUUUCCAGCGCCGCGUGCUGGGAUGACAGAGGCUACCCGUUUCCACAAGCGAGACCCGUCUCCAUGCGGCUUCCGCUGCGUUCAGGGACACCCAGCCGGCUCCAAAAGCCACUCAGAAACAGAUUAGAAUUUCACCGGACUCUGUGUGGCGCCGGAACGUCCUCGACGCUAAUCAUAUUCAUUAACCGUUAAUUGAAGACUGAAACCACUGAAGGGACUCUGUGUUGUCCUGGCAACAUUUUUUUUUUUUUUCAUCACAGGAGCUCAGUGGCUGUCUCUGUGUUUCACUCCAACAUCCAGAGUUACACAAACAGACUGAAAAGCAUUGGAUUGCAACCUCUCAUUUUUGUCAGCACCAGAUUUUAGGCUAAAUGGAUUUGGCGAAUGAUGAGUUAAGUAAUCCUCAGCGAUGGCUUUACGCCAUCCAUCACGAUUCCUGAUGAUGUUUUAAUUUAUUUAAAUUAGGGAUGUCUGCAUUUUGGAGUGAAACUCUUAAAGACUCCACUGUAAUGAAAGGAUUGAGACACGCACUAUCUCUCCAUGUCAAAUGGCUCAAUUCAUAUCCUUUUAGUGUGUUGUAGAACCUUGGAUGGAUAUUAGCUUGAUCCUCGCGUUAUCCGCCUGUCAAUGAGCUUUUAUGCAGCCCUCAUCUUUCAUCAGAGCCCAGACAACGGGGGGGGGGGGGGGGGGGGGGGGGUUUGUGUUUUAAUUGCAUGUAACUCUGCAGGUAGCAUACUAAUGGCUGCUGGUAAAGAGUUCAGCGUGCUCUUUCUUUUUGCUGCUUUCGGCUCUGGUUCUGCAGACGUGAAAUCUGUUGAUAAAGAGAAGGGGGGGGGGGUGCCACAUGUUGAUUUUAAUGACAUCUCAUAACUUCAUAUAGUCCACUCAGUGUUUUUAAGCACUUUGGUCCCGAAACAUUGAUACAUCUUUUUUUUUUUUUUAUACCAAUAUUGUUUUUAUUUUUUAUUCUAAAUCCAAGUCAACGGUGAUCCAAAGAGAGAAGAUGUGUUCAAGUGCAUAAAAUAUGCAGUUUUGUUGACGUUUGGAUGUAAAGAUGAGGAUGUUAGGUUUUAUAGAGCGUUUUCAGUCCAGAUUGCCCUCAUGUUUAUUCCUGUGGUUUAUAGCCUCUAAGCCUAUAUUUUAGGCAGCACAGUUACCUGCUGGACAGGUAGGAAGCGAAAACAUUAGGUUGUUAGAACAACAACAAAAAAAACAAUGAUAAAAUAAUAUUUUAAUUAGUUUAAUCGGGUGAGCAGAGUCGACGCUUUGCUUCCUCGCUGCCUCUUUUGUCUUGUGUUUAAGUGCUUGUUUGUAUCUGGCCUGUGUGUGCGUGCAGGGUCUGACUUCACGUCCAGGCGGGGCUGUUAUAGUACGUCUUGUAAGAGGCUCACGGUGCUUGCCAAUUAUUUGCUUCACGUCCUUUUGUUUAUGGAUUUGGUGUAAUCCUGUCGCAGAAAACAGAGGAAAGGGCUUUUUUUUGUCCCCCUUCAAAUUAGGCGCUCGUGUGUUCUGACCACUAGGGUGCGCUGCACCUAUAACUAAACAAACUCCCUCCCUCACCGAACCAAAACAAAAACGAACACAACAAAGAAAAGAACAAAUGCGCUCCUCCCCGUGUGUCUGUACUGUCCCUGCUGUGAGAAAUUGACACAUUUUCCUCAGCGGGUCAUCGGCGUACAGAACAGAAUGACGGCUCUCACGCUCUGUGACAUUUUCCCCUACGGCAUUUGUAACUGACUGAAGGAACAAAUAAGUUGUCAGAUUGUAAUUGGUUAUUCAACGCAGGCAGUCAGCAACAGCUUUAACGUUGUGUGUGUGUGUGUGGGGGGG